AUGAUGGCGCAGGUCACUCUUGACAAGGCCAUUGCGCUUUUGUCCUCCGAGAGACUGAAAGAACGAUCUGACAGCCUUGCAGAUUUGAAACAUAUUCUCCAGCAGAAUAAACGGAGCUCAAACUUAACCUCACUCAAUGAUAAAGCUUGCCAUAAAAUCUUCGAGUCCCUUUUCCGAUUCAUCUCCGUCGAAAGAUCCUUGUAUAACAAGGCGAGUUCCAAGGGAGCAUCCGCCUCGCGGCUGUCCGCUUGUGCAUCCGUCAUUCGAAUAGCUAUCGAUGUCUUUCUGCGUAACCUGAGAACAAAGUCGAUCCGGGCUAUAGUCGACCACAUAACAGAGAUCCUACAAGUUCCUGGAGAGGGUCUGUGGGAGCAUCUCGGUGCGGAUUAUCUGAAAUGCCUCACCACACUGUUGCGCUACCCUCCCCACCUCGAGCAUUUGGCCGCCAAGGAAUGGGACAAGGUUCUGAACCUCUGUCUAAGAAGUAUCGGUGCUCCAGAAGAUGGGGAUAGCCAAUCGAGCGACCACAAUGGUCAUCCGUCUACUUUGGAUGACUUUCUGGGUGCAAGCUCACGCUCAACACCAUCAAAAAGAACCUCGAGUCUGGCUUUGCGGGAGAAGCAGAAUGGCGACAAGAGAAUCGUCGCGGAAGCAAUAGUAUGUAUCCAGCUACUUACAGCGACUCCGACUGCCCCCGUGCAAUCAGCCGCUGAGAAGCUCCUUCGCGGGCUUGGGAUCUUUUUGAAGCUUUCGCCGAUCGCUGGAAGUGAACAUCAGGCCGCGUUCAAUAGCAUAAAUACAGUUGUCAUGAGAGUUAUUUUUGACCAGUCAGAUCUCGUUCGCAUGUUCCUCUUGGAUCUAAUUGCAGUAAUUCGACACCUGUGGUCUACCAAGCUUAUGGGCCUGAAGGAUGAACUCCUCGUCACUAUUAUGCUUUGCAUGAUCAUCUUGACCGAUGCAACUCGCAGGGAACCAACAGAGUCCCUAGCUCUUUCAAUCGAGAACCUUUUGGACACACUGUACUCGGAAUAUACGAAACGUUCUGAGAAGGACAUUCUGCAGAUUGACGAGUUAAUUUUCGAUCGAGCGAGCUCCACGCAAAUCAUUGAUCUCGCACUGCAACCUCGACUUGAAGUGCCCAGGUCCGAGCACAACUUGACCGUCGUAUGGGUCAUGGCAAAAUUGAUGCGAUUGUCAGAGGAAUCGACCGCGCGGUUAUCGCAUCCAGCAGGCGAAAUACCAAGCAAGAAGCAACGAUUGAACUCGGCGUCGGACGAAGUUUAUCGAGACUCUGUUAUGUCGUCGGGCAACAGGAGGGUAUGUGCCCUGCAGUUGAUCCCCAUGCUCCUCCAGAGCCACCUCAGUAUGGAGUCGAAAGCCUCACUACUUCAGCGAUUGAUCCCCUACAUACUCGAUGACAACGGCGUCAUAGCUUCGUGGACAAUGGUUGCCAUUUCAAGCAUCUCAGAUUCAUCCUUGGAGCUGUGGGCGAUCAUAACAAGGUUGGGCGCACAGACGAACCCAGGCUCAGUAUCGAACGCCUCGAAACAGAUCUGCUCAUGGCUACGAGAAGCUUGGGUGAUAGGCACAGUAACCGAUCGAAUGCAAACAGCGCAGGUCGCUGCUUUUGCACGCCCUCUAGAUCUUCUCAAUCUAUUUCUUGCUUGUACCAAUAGACAGUUCGAGGUGCCCACCCCACAAUUUCGAGGACCGUCUGGGCUUGUUGCAAAAGGCUGGCACUUUUACCAAAGUAACCGAGAGCUUCUCAACUACCUCUUCCAUGUGGAUGGGAUGCUGGGCUCCGCAAGCAUGCAUGGCGGAGAUGAUUGCAUAUCUCUGCAACUCGCGACUCGGAAAGACCCUAACGACGAUAUAGUACUCGAUCUGUUGCAAGCGAAAUCCGAAAUGUUCUUGCAAGCAUGGCGAUCGUUAUCUGACAGUAAAUCACACCAUGUGACUGUCGAUGUCGUUCAGAUACUCGCUUCAUUCUGCAUAGUCGCUAUAUUGUACACGGAAUGCAUACUUGAACAAUCGCACACUCAGAUAAAGGACUUGCGGGGCAAUAUCCAGCAACUCUGGGACAGCCUUUGUUCAUUUAUGGCGUCUCGUGAGCUUGUGUUUGUGCAAUAUUGCCUGGAGCUUCUGUGUCCCUUUCUGUCCCAAGGAAGGAGGGUUGGCUUCGAGAAAUCGGUUGUUAAUAGCACCCUGUACAGACUUGUUUCUCCCUUAAGUGAAAUCUUGGAGAAUCAUCGACAAGACCAGAAGCGGUUGCUAUCGUCUGAUGAGGAAGAGCCAAUGGAUUUGGACGACCAGCUACUGCAGUCCAACGAUCUACUGGCGGAGAACAUGUGUAUCAUUAACUCGAACCGAGAAUCUGUCCCUUUAUUUCAUGAUUCUGCCACUUUCCAACGCUCAAUGACUAUCCGGCUCUCAAUCUUCAAGAUAGCAUAUGGCUCUGUCGUGCAGCCGGAACAGCCAGCCAGUAGUGCUCUGGUUGAGUACUUGACGGAUUUGGAUGAAGCUGAUGUAUUGUCUGCAAGAGACUUCCUGCCCGAUGUUUAUCGGGCAUGUGCAGGAUAUGAACGCACCUCCCUAUUAGAUUUGUUGGAGGACAUGGGCGAGAAAUGUCUGCAAACCUACCAACUGGAACGUUGCGAAACCUCUCAGAUUCUGUGCAUUCACAUGAUGGAUAGUUUCGUCAAAUCAUGGACGACAGGAGCUGGAGAUCAUCUCAGUGACUCGGCUUCAGAUAUCUACAAUUGGGUUACCGAUGUCUUAUUGGCAAAGGGUAGGGCUUCUUCCCGAGUAUUGAUGGCCUUUUCCAGUCUUCUUGAUGAAAUAUUCAGUACCAACCCCGUGUACACAAGCGGUGAAUCCAACCCCUCGCCCAGAACAACUCUUUUCAUGAUCCUUCAGGAAAGUGAUAUCCUAACUAAGUACAACGUGGGCAACCUCGUUCCCAAAUUGUUUAGACACUUCCCACUGAAAGAUCACGAUGCGAUCUUUGAUGAUAUUUUGGAAAGCCUUCCCCGCGAUCCUGACUGGACUGAGGGUAUUGCGCUCCGUUUGUUCAUAUUGGCAAGGUUGGCUUCACAGUGGCACACUUUACUUCGGAGGAGCAUCUAUCAUAUGUUCGAGACACCGGCCCAGCUUCCUCACUCUCGGUGGCACGCUGAAAAAUGCAUACGACACGUUGCAAGUGUCCUUGGACUCGAAGACGCACGACAAUUAUUCCGCCUCUUCUCCUCCCAGAUUCUCUACACCUGGACUGAAAAUGAAUCAGUUAUGACAAUGCCCUUCACUAUAUUUGGUUAUUCCACCCUUGAGGAUAUGCUGAGCGAUGUCCAAGAUGAGAUUGUAGGUCAAAUCAUGAUGCGGGCCAAUGAGCACGAGGCAAGCGAGCUCUCAACCCGUCUGGAAACGCCUUUCAUAGAGCUCCUGGCAACAUCUUUCUAUAAGGCAGAGGCGUAUAGUAUUGCGCGAGACAUCAGCACUCCUCCUGGACAGAGUUCUCAACCGAAAGGGGUUGAAAAUCGAUUGAAGAAGAUCUUGGGCGCUGACCGUUUCGUGAGUCUGGUUGAGAAGCAAUUUCCGCAAGUAAUUGCAACGUUCUUUGGAGCCCUAGAUCAGUGUGAGCAGAUUGAGAGAGCGUUCUCCAAGAGGGCCAAUUUUCAAGAAGCUUUCAGUAUUUUGAAAUCAAUCACUGCUAAGGGCGCCUCAAAGGAAGUACUUCCCCCCAGUCAGCAACCUUCAUUCAGGGCGCGCUACCUUCUAGAUGAGCUUGAAUUUCUCUGUAAAAGAAGCGGUUAUGAGCUCGAAACGAUCUGGACACCUACACUGGCAUCUUAUGUCUGCCGGACACUUCUGGAAUCAAUUCACCCCGCGCUUGGCUCUCUUCAUGCCUGCUCUGUCAUUCGCAAGAUCAGGAUUUUGAUCUGUAUAACCGGCCCUGUUAUGCUGAGAGAUUAUCCCUUCGAAAUGCUCCUACACGCUCUUCGACCGUUCCUCACAGAUAUACAUUGCUCCGAGGACGCACUGGGAAUGUUCUGGUAUCUCUUGGACGCUGGGAGGUCUUACUUGACUGAAAAUCCUAGUUUCACGGCUGGCAUCGCAGUGUCCACCUUGCUCUCUUUUCGAAAGUUCAUGGCCUCUACAACGGCCACCGUGCAGGAAAGCCAAUCUGUUGCAGUUCUGACAAUCGUUCAGACCUUUCUUCAAUGGUUCGAAGACUUCUUGAAGUUUUACGAGUCACCUCACCUAAGCGCAGAGGCGCAUGCCUUCUUUCAGCGUCUGAUGGAGUCUUCGCGCAGGAUCUCUGCCCCAGGCAAAGAGUCGGAUGGCACGGAGUGUAAUUUGCUUCUCGAAGUGAUACAGGACCGCAAUUCUAAAACGAGGUUGCUGAGUCAGUCAAUAUCUGAUCACAUCCUGUCUUUGCUUUGUGCAAGCUUCAAGAGCGCUCCCAACUACCAUCAGGGCCUUGUCGAAAGAGGGUAUGACGCUAUUGCAAAUAGUGUUGCUUUAUAUCAGACUCUCCAAGACUUCAGCCCUACAAAAGAGUACCGGCUGUGGGCUGCCCGGGUAAUUGGACGCAAUUUUGCUGCUACUGGCAUGAUCAGUGAUGAUCUGUUGAGGGAACAGCAGUCGACCCUAUUCGAACCUCGAAUGGCUAAGUUAAACCUCCACAUGUUCUGCCAGUCAAAAGCCAGGAUAUUACAGGUGCUUUGCAGUAUGUUGCAGAAUAGCAGUCCUCUGGAAGUCGGGCUUGUUGAACGGACCUUGCAGCUCAUUGUCAGCAAUCUUGCCGGUUCCCCGGGAUUUGAAAAUUAUGAAGAGAUCAUAUCUCCUUCCCUUCUGAAGGCACUGGUUUGGAGUCCAUAUCAGUGUCCAUCAAUACCCUUGCCCGCUUCUCAGGCCAAGAAUCACGAUACUAUUGUUGGAUGGAACCCUGGUAUCUCCGCUGCUCACUGGGCUCGCAGCAUUGGACUUUUCUUGACAAAGGCUGCUCCCCAAGAUCCUGUUAUUGGGCCGCUGAGAAACAUUCUUCACGUCAUACCUUCAUUGGCAGUCCGGAUUUUGCCAUACAUUCUGCAUGACGUUUUGCUCACGGAGCCUGACGGCGUGGGCAAUGUUAGGCAAACCAUUUCUGAUAUCUUCAGGCAAGGUCUACACGAAGCUGAUGACCAUUCCAUCCCUCAUGUCCGUCUCAUCAUCAACUGCCUUCUGUAUCUUCGGAAUCAACCGCGUCCUCAAGAAGCAACGAUAGUAGAACGUGAUGAGUGGCUUGAAAUUGAUUUUGCAGUGGCAUCUAAGGCUGCAAACACAUGCCGCUUACCCAAGACAGCACUGCUGUUUCUCGAGAUCCAGGCCUCGCGGGCCGUGUCUGGAACUCGCCGCUCCUCUCUCGUGAAGUAUGAACCUCCUCCUGACCUCCUUCAUGACAUUUUUAGAAACGUGGACGAUCCGGAUCUUUUUUACGGCGUCCAGCAAAGCUCGUCACUAGAGUCCGUGAUGGAGACCUUGGAACAUGAGAGCUCCGGGUUCAAGAAUCUCCUUUUCCAGAGUGCCCAGUAUGAUUGCGAGAUUCAGAUGUCGGGAGACGCCGACGCUCAUGGUCUAUUAAAGGCACUCAACUCAACUAACCUGCAAGGAAUUGCAAACUCAUUGACCUCGACUCUCAAAGGCUCAAAAAGCUCUGUCUCAUUUGAUAGCAUGAUGCAAGCUGCGAUAGAUCUGCGACAAUGGGAUUUACCAGUUUCGCCUUUGAAUCACUCUCCGUCAGCUGCACUCUUUAGAACCUUUCAAAGCCUGAACACUUCGAGAUCUCUGGUUGAUGCUUCGAAUUCCGUCAACGAAAACCUUCUGGCCAUAUUGGGCUCACUAGGAAGCACGAGUCGCUCUGCUAUGUCCUUCCGGGCAGCGAUGAGAGACCUGGGAAUUGUGACCGAGAUAAGCGAUGUCUUGAGCGCGAUGUCUCUCGAAGAGUUAAAUGAAGAAUGGCGGAAGAUCGCAGAACGAAACUCUUGGUUGAAAGCAACAAGUGUUGAUGAGGUUGGAGAGAUCUUAAAAUGCCAUGAGGCUUUGUUCUCCUCUAUCAAGACAAGGGAUUAUCUCAAAUCCGCCGUAGGACUAAGCGACCGAGAUGCACAGCUACUGGAAGUCAAGGUUAUUCGCCAGUCACUUUCCAUCACGAGAAGUCAUGGUAUACCACAGGCUUCAUUGAAGUCUGCAGUGCGCUUGUCUAAGCUUGCAAACGUGUGUGUGGUGCAGGGAAUCAAUGUUGAAGGAGCAACAAAAUUCGAUUUGGCCAACGUCCUAUGGGACCAAGGGGAGAUGGCAGCGUCGAUUCGAAUGCUUCAACAGCUUGACAAUCAAGGUGAUCUGCACAAGCAGGCAAUUCCAAUCAGCCGCCCGGAGCUUCUUGUGACCCUCGGCCAUCAUGUGGCGGAAGCACGCUUGGAGAAGCCAGAAGCUAUCAUUCAGGGGUACCUUGCCCCUGCAGUGAAGGAACUUAAGAACCGGUCGGAAGCUGAAGAGGCCGGUAGAGUAUAUCACGGCUUCGCCAUCUUCUGUGAUCAGCAACUACAGAAUCCCGACGGACUGGAGGACUUUAGACGAGUCGAGCAACUACGUAACCGCAAGGAAAAGGAAGUACUGGGUCUCGAAGAGAUGAUGAAGAAUGCAGAGGGCAAAGAAAGAGAGGCUCUGAGGCACUACCGAACCAAGACAAAGCAGUGGUUUGACCUGGACGAUCGAGAAUAUCAACGUCUGCGACGCAGUCGAGAGGCCUUCUUGCAACAAUGCCUUGAAAACUAUUUACUUUGCCUCAAAGAAAGCGACAUUUAUAACAACGAUGCGCUCCGCUUCUGUGCCUUAUGGCUUGGCAAAUCCGACAGUGAGAUUGCAAACAAAGCUGUCUCCAAAUAUCUCAACCAGGUCCCGAGUCGCAAAUUCGCGCCACUGAUGAACCAACUUACUUCCCGUCUCCAAGACACCUCUGACGAGUUUCAGAAUAUGCUCUUUGCAUUGAUUUUCCGCAUUUGCGUCGAGCAUCCCUUCCAUGGCAUGUACCAAAUUUUCGCCAGCAGCAAGUCCAAGGGUGGAAAGGACCCGUCAGCUUUGUCUCGUAAUCGAGCGGCAAGCAGGCUGGUAGAUUACCUGAAAAAUGACAAACGGAUUGGACCGACAUGGGUUGCAGUGCACAACGCGAAUAUCAGUUACGUGCGGUUCGCGGUCGAUCGACUGGACGAGAAGGUCAAGAGUGGUGCGAAGGUGCCAUUGAAGAAACUCCUGACGGGCCAGCGACUAGAACAAGACGCUUCGACACAAAAGCUGCCGCCACCUACGAUGAAAAUUGCCAUCCGUGUUGAUUGCGACUACAGUGAUGUUCCUAAGCUUGUUCGAUAUCAUCCUGAAUUCACGGUUGCAUCUGGGGUGAGCGCACCGAAGAUUGUCACCGCCGUAGCAACGGAUGGCCAAAAGUAUAAGCAACUAUUCAAAGGAGGCAACGACGACCUACGGCAGGACGCAAUCAUGGAACAAGUAUUCGAGCAAGUGAGCAGUCUUCUCAAGGACCAUCAGGCGACGCAGCAACGGAAGCUAGGAAUUCGAACAUACAAGGUCCUCCCACUGACUUCGAAUGCGGGAAUCAUUGAGUUUGUGCCGCACACCAUCCCUCUGCAUGACUACUUGAUGCCGGCGCAUCAGCGAUAUUUCCCCAAGGACAUGAAGCCCAAUGUGUGCCGAAAGCAUAUCAGCGACGUACAGACGCGCUCUUUCGAGCAGCGAGUCAAAACAUUCCGCCAGAUUACGGAACAUUUCCAUCCUGUCAUGCGGUACUUCUUCAUGGAGAAGUUCAACAGCCCGGACGAUUGGUUCAGCAAGAGGCUUUCAUAUACUCGGAGCACUGCGGCGAUUUCCAUUCUGGGGCAUGUCCUGGGGCUUGGUGAUCGGCAUGGGCAUAAUAUUUUGCUGGACGAGAGAACCGGAGAGGUCGUUCAUAUCGAUUUGGGUGUGGCUUUCGAGCAAGGCCGAGUCCUACCGGUCCCUGAGGUGGUUCCCUUCCGACUGACGCGCGAUCUGGUCGACGGUAUGGGCAUCACCAAGACAGAAGGUGUCUUCCGGCGAUGCUGCGAAUUCACCCUCGAGGCACUUCGACAGGAAUCGUACAGUAUCAUGACGAUCCUGGAUGUGCUUCGGUAUGAUCCUCUGUACAGCUGGACUCUCUCUCCGCUGCGCAUGAAGCGGAUGCAAGAUGCUCAAGAAGCCGGUGAUGGUCCCCCCAUGAUAUCAGGUGCUGCUGAAGAUCAACGGUCAGCGAAUGAACCUAGUGAAGCGGAUCGCGCUCUGACGGUUGUGGCAAAGAAACUGAGCAAGACUCUCAGUGUCACAGCGACUGUCAAUGAACUGAUUCAGCAGGCAACUGAUGAAAGGAACCUUGCUGUUCUCUAUUGCGGCUGGGCCGCAUAUGCAUAG